CGCAGCCUGCCUCAGGCCACCGGCCCCGGAGGGCCCCGCGGGUCCAGCCAGACCAUGGACAAUCCCCAGGAACUGCACCAGCCCUUACUCGGGCCCCCACCCAAGGGGUCCCCGGUCAAGGAGUCCCCCGGCUCCGGGCCCCCGAGCAAAACCCCCGGGAAAAAGCAGAAGCGAGCCAAAAGCGAGAAGGCCAUAGAGAUGCUGCCGCUGCCCACCAUCAGCCUGGGCCUGUUUGAUACAAAGAGCCCCGACCUGGAGGACUAUUGGGCCAACGAGAGCGAGCUGGAGGCGAUGGGGCUCGGCCACUUCACCCCGCUGCUGUCCCGGGAUUACGUGGGCCUCGCCGUCUUCUCCAUCCUCUGCUGCUUCUGGCCUUUGGGCAUCGCCGCCUUCUCUCUCGCCCAGAAGACUAACAAGGCCUGGGCGGCCGGCGACGUCCAGGCCGCCGGAGAGUCUGCGCGCCGGGCUUUCCUGCUGUCCGUCCUGGCCAUUGGUCUGGGGGUCUGCAUCUACACGGCGGCCCUGGUCACCCUGGCCACCUACCUGACCUCUGGGGAGACCCUCUAGAGGCUCGGACUGGCUCAUUCCCCCCCCCAAGGGCCCACUGGGGUCUUGAGUCGUGACAGCAGCCAAGACCACAAGGAAUAA